UACGAGAGGAGGCGUGUUGCCAAGUUUUCGGCAUGUCGAUUGAAUGCAAAUGUGACGUCACAGCAUUAUGUUCCGAUAUGGCGAGCGACGCUUUAAAGACGACUGGAGUAGCCAAGGAACAAAACACAGCUAAAGGAAAUGCACACCGAGUUCAGGCGGAGCAGCGAGAAGCGUCGCAGUCUGACGAGGCGGAGUGUGAGGAGGGGAUCCGGAAGCAGCCGGAGGGUGCCAGAGGUCCAGAGCCACCGCACCAUGCCCGGCGGCCCAUGAAUGCAUUCCUCAUCUUCUGCAAGCGUCACCGCGGUGUCGUUCGUGAUCGUUUUCCACACCUGGAGAACCGCUCGGUCACCAAGAUACUCGGGGAGUGGUGGGCGAACCUCGAGGCUCGGGAGAAGGCCUCCUACACAGAACUAGCCAAGCAGUAUAAAGAGGCAUUUCUACAAGCGAAUCCAGACUUCAAGUGGUACAAGUUGCCCGCUCCGCCACUGCGCACCCUGGUGACGAGACCGUCCAACCAGACAAGACCCCUAAAACUGGAGUGUGACACGGCGUGCGGUGGUCCCAUUACUCCUGGAAAGCUGGCAGACGAGACGCAGAUGGGGAGCUUGAGCAGCCUGCUGGCGUCACUGCCGCCCCCCGGCCCCGCCCCCUUGACGCCGCCCCCGGUCCCUCCGGCUACUGGACCACCGAAACCGCCGAAGAAGCGCUACUUGCAGGAGCUGGGAGCUGGGGAGGCACAGCACGUUCUGCCGAUGCCUCCAGUUUACCGCCUCAGGAUGGCGGCGUCCGAGGAAACCGACAGGACUACAGAAAGCCGAUCGCCAUUCAGGCAGUUGAGACCGUCGUCUGCUCUGCCACAACAAGGCGGCGUUCUUGGUGAAGGCACAACGCUGAAGACGUCCCAGCAGGACAUCAUCGACAGGGUUGUCGACCGGAUGUGCCGCCUUUCGGACAGUGAAGGCAUUGGGUCGAAGCUGUUGGAUAACAAUAAUGAUGCACAGUAUCCAUGCUCUAGAGAGAGGUCACUGGUCGGCGAUGUAGAGUCCCGCUGCUGCACUGGUGCCCAGUCCCACAAGAGUUUGUUUCGCAGCAGUGGCAGUCCUGGACCGCCAGUUGAAGAAAAUAGUGUCCUCGAAGUUGCUGGAGAAAUGAGUGAUGGGGAAGAUGGUAUAGUUGUGCCCCCAGGGUUUGAAGAUUCUCCUAUAAGAGAGAAGGGAUCGUCUACUGUGCGAAACGAUAGCGAGGAUUAUGCUAACUUUCCUGUUGGUGCAGUCGUGGCUGGAGGGAAAUUGGCGGAUGAGUUAAAGGACUUUUCUGUUGCUGAGAGAGAAAGCUCAUUGUCUAGUUUUAGGUCUGGUUGUGAACUAGGAACUGUUAACAGCACUGUAGAUUGCCUUAACCUCAAGAAGACUAAAGCGAGCUUGAAAGAAUUUCCGAAGAAAAGCUAUGAAACAAUAGAGGACAGCAUCAUGGCAUCUUGUACUUCAAUUGGGGAAGUUGGAUGUAGUUCAACUAGAGAGAGUUCUGUCAGCGAAGAGAGCAUCACUUCUGGGGAGAAAAUGGAACCUGAAACAAAGACCAAAGUAUCCAAAGAUCUCUGUAGUUCUUCCAGUAAUUGUACACAACCUUUCUCUGCCUCUCCUCAGGAUAAGGGGGUAGAAUGUCCGCAGCAACACUCCAGAAAUGCUGAACGACAAAGAAUCCCUGGUUCACUAGGUGGAAAUCCUACGAGUUUUGAGUGUCCGUCAGAGGAAUGCUCUUUGCUCACUGACAAGUAUACCAGCAAUGAUUGUAUCACACAGUUGUCUCCCUCACAAGAUACAUCAAACAAUUCUGUAGCAACAAAAAAUGUGGAAUAUGUGGGACCAAUUCUUGCAGUGACUAGUUUGCUAGAAGGUGACAACUCUGUCCGACCGUCGACAGCUGCCUCUGGGUGUCUUCCCAAUGCAAAGCCUAUCAGGAAAAGAGGUCAUUUGUGUCCUAAAGUAAAGAAAUUGCACCAUUCUGAAUCAGUAGAUAAUGUACAAAAUGCAAGUGAUCUAUUAAAAUGUGUAGACUGUCCAGGAGUGCCAUUGGUCUCAACUGAAGAACAGAGAAGAGAAUUGACUGUUUCACAUGCUAUGGACAUUUGUUCAAAGGAAUCCACAGACAAUUUUUCAGGCUCAAAGUUGGAGGAGCAUGUCAGUAGCGAUGUUUUGUGCAGAGCACCGGGUGUAGAAGAAACGGUAAAGAUACAAGGGAAGAAACCAGAGCGGAAACUUCUGCAGAUGAAGCCAUCUGUAAGGACUGUAGAAAGUGCAACACAGUUUGAUGGAGGCACGUACACCCAUGUCUUUGUCAGUAAGACAUCGAGGAAUGAGUGCAGUAAAAAUGACUGUUCGACAGCAUUAUUGAAAUACCGGCAUGUGGUGGACGAUAUGGAGGGAAAAGACAGUGGGAAAACUGAAGGACUUGCCACCAUUAUUUGUCAUACUAAUGACACUGGUAUUUCCCCCCCUCUAAAAUCUGCAGACUGUAACGGUGAGUGUGUCACAAAUUACAGUGGAGAGGUAAAAUUUAAAACAGCAAAUGAAGCUUCUCCAGCUAACAUUUUGAAUCAUUCAACUUUGAAAAAGCCAGGGAAAUUGAGAGGUGCCAGCAGAAAACGUGAACACUACCUUGUGUCUACUGGAUCUGAAAUGUCGAAAAUUCAGCCUGGAAAACAUUUUAAAAGAAUGAAAAUGGACAACAAAAUUCCACGCAACUUACAAACAAAAAAUGUGCCCAUGGUAGAAAGCACGAGCAAAGGAUUCACGGAAGGUGCUGGUGUUGUGCUACCUCAUAUCAUUUCAGAAGGAAGAGGCUUCCAUCUGGAUGACCAAAAGCAAGCUACUGGUAGUGAAACAUCAAACAAGUGUCUGGAUCUCAAGGUAUACAAUACUGCCCAGAAAGGUGACCAUAAAGAAACUGUUGUUUACAGUUCUGAAAACUUUAAAAGUGCCGGUAGUACCAUUUGCUCUGCCGAUGCAAAUAAAGAUAAUGUCAGUCGAGAAGAAAAGGUUUUGUGUGAGGUGCCAUUUCAUUCUGUAAGUAGCGAGUUGAGCACCGAUGUAGAGAAUAACAGUGCAUUUCAAAUGUGUGAAUCUACAAUACCGAGUGUGCAAGAAGCAUCUGGAACUCGUGAUGAGCUUGCAGAAAUGACAAGGACAGAAGAAAAUCCAGAUAACACUGAUAAUGUAGAACUGGUGAACAUUUGUGGUAUGGACCAAAUUAUUAACAGUGCAAAUGAAAAGACAUGUGAUGAAAGUGCUCCCAAUACCAGCUCAAAAUUAGUACGGACUUCUGUGCCUGUGGAGUCAUAUGAGGGUAGUAAUAUUAGUGUAGUGGAAGAAUCCAUCAUCAGUGAAUUGACUGCCACUUCAUCAUCUGUCAUUCUUGACAUCGAUCUGGACCUGACACAAACACGACUGAGCCCACAGGGACUUGCAGACCUCGCCGCUAAGGAUGGCGUUGUCGUCCUCACCUUACCAGUGGAUGAUGAGCUAGUGCUCCCCCCACUUCUGUCCGAACCACAGCCAGCUGUUGUCGCCGUGCAGCCAGCUGCUGUGGAGUGUCUGGAAGCUGCCAGCCAGACGCUCACGGAUGUCGAAUCGCGGGACGCUGCUGCUUGCUCGAUUGUCGGAGGUGGUGUUCUGUCUGCUGUUGACAAGGACACGUCCAGCAAUGAAAGUGAAGACAGUAGAGAAUCGAUGUCUGAAGAGAUUGUCACAGCAGCCACAAAUAUUACAGAAGCUGUACCAUUGGAGGCGAGUGAUGCGGGAUCUAACAGUGCUGCAGUGAAUGACGGAGAGAGCCCGUCUGUGGGCGGCAGUACGUCUGGAGCAGUUUCUGAAACACAGAUCCCACUGACUGGUGCUGGCGAAUGUCUUCCAGUAAUGGACGAGUCUGCUGAUUUUUCUGUUUCAAUCCAGAAGAGCGAAGAGAAUUAUGAUGGGGAGUUGAAUGCGGUGAGGAGGAAAUCGACGAGAACGUGCAAAGGUCUUCGGUACCACCAGUUCAUGGUAGAAGGCCGUCUCAAGAAAGGCCAUCGUCGGCCACUCUCUCGUGGCUCAUCUGAGAAAGGAGGAAAGGUGCUGAGGUCCAGCAGCUGUGCUCUUGCAGUACACAGUGCAGGUGUGCUUGCAUCGAUUCCUGUGACAUCACCUUCGGAUGUGACUUGUGCACUUCCUUCAGUCGCAGUUCCACCUGUAGGAAGCUCAAAUGCAUUGAGCAGCAGCAGCAGAGAUGUCUCGUCAGGCAGUGACCGUUCUGAUGCCGAAAUGGACAUGCCAUUGGAAAUGAGGAACCGUUUUAGCAGUCCAGACAACUUGCAGAGGAUAUACACCGUAAAAUCUAAAUUUGAGAAGCCCGGGAAAGAUGUCCUGGAAGACAGCAUGCCGGACUCACCUGCUAAAAAGAGAUUCCGUGCUGCGGAUUUCAAUCUGGAAGAGAAGAUUGAGGCACUGCCCUCCCUCAGCCUGGAGGAGUUCCAGAUGAAGAAGAAGGCUCGCAAGAGGAAAGUCGCCCCUCCUCUGCCGCCUCCAGACUCCAGGCUGCCUCCGAAACAGACAGUUCCCUCACCGGCAGUUUCUCCAGACAGCACUGAAGGCAGCAACAUUGCAGGGAACAGAGUCACACUGACUGUGGAAGCGACAGCAGUGGUCACCUCCUCUGACGGAAGCCAGCUGUGUUCGGCGGCACACCUGCAGAGUGCAGGGGGAGUGACCUCGGCGUCUGCGGUGGGUAGUGCAGCAGACGCGUCACGGCAGCUUGUCGGUAGCCAGAAGCGGAAGGCCCGCAAACAGAGCAUCACUAGGCUCGACUCUGACAAUGUGCGCAUACUCAGGGAUACGGCAGUGGUUGAACCAGCCGUCCUCAGCAAUAUUGCGCUGUCUUCGUUGGCCACAAUUGCUGUCACAGGAAGCAAGCUAGUGAAAUAGCAAGUAGUACCUGCUGGGAGAAGAUUUUGUGAGAAGUUUGAGGAGAGUUUGGGCUGUGCAAAUACUGGUGCUAGUGUCUGUAGCUGUAUGAAGAUGGUACGUGGAUUAAUGAAUGUAUCAGGAAUGUGAAAUGUUUUAGGAUAAUUUGUAGGUUGAACAGGCUAGAAUUUGCAGAUGUGAUUUGCCAUGUCUACAAUAUUCAUUCGUUGCUUUAUUCGUUCCAUUGUAAAACUGAGUGCACAGUUUUAUCUCUGUGCAGCACUGCUGCUCCCAAUGAAAUGUUUCAGUAAAAUUAUUUGCAGAGAUUAUAUUUCCUGAAAUUGCACUGUAUGUUUUUUAUUAUUAUAUGGAAAGUAAAUCAUAUAUAACAGUGUGGAGCUAAGUCACCAGAUUUUGUUCCUUUUAUUAAGCUAUUUAUUUAAUAUCAUUUGAGACCUGAUUAAAGAAGCUUAGAUUGAAUUAUGUAUAUGUUUAUAUUUU